AUGGGACCGUCUGGCAGAAGCUGGCUCGUCGUCCUCCUCGUCUCUGCAACCCUCUGCGCCCAUGUAUCAGCUGCGGCGUCCAACGACACGACCCUGUUGGCGGCGGAGCGGACGCGGCGGAAGGACCCCCUCGACGGGCUCAGGUACUACACCGGCGGCUGGAACAUCAGCAACAGGCACUACCUGGCGUCGGCAGGUUUCAGCGCGGCGCCCGUGUUCGCGUUCGCCGCGCUCUGGUUCGUCGCGGUCGCGGCGGCGGCGCUCAUCGCCUGCUGCUGCAGCUGUUGCUGCCGCGGCGGCGGCGGCAGCAGCAGCUACUCCUACUCGCGCCGGGUGUUCGCUCUCUCGCUCCUGCUCCUGCUCGUCUUCACAGCCGCAGCCGUCAUCGGGUGUGCGGUUCUGUACGACGGGCAGGGCAAGUUCAACGGCAGCACGACGGCGACGCUGGACUACGUGGUGAGACAGGCCGACGGCGCCGCGGCCACCAUGCGCAACUUCACGGGCCUCCUGCAGACGGCGAAGACGGUGGGCGGCGGCGUGGCCUCGCUGCCCGCCGACGUCGCGCGGAGCAUCGACGACGUCGCGGGCCGGGUGGACGCGGCCUCCGACGAGCUCACCGCGCGCACGGCUAGCAACUCCCGCAGGAUCCGGACAGCGCUGGACACCAUAAGGAAGGUCCUGAUUGGUGUCGCGGCCGUGAUGCUCGUCCUCGUGCUUCUUGGCUUCGUGUUCUCGUUGACCGGGAAGAAGUCGCUUGUGUCCAUAGUGGUGUUUCUUGGAUGGAUCAUAAUCACUGCGACACUAAUACUGUCCGGCACUUUCCUUCUCCUGCACAACGUGAUAGGCGACACCUGCGUGGCCAUGGACGAGUGGGUGGUCCAGCCGCAGGGGCAGAGCCACACGGCGCUGGACGACAUCCUCCCCUGCGCCGACGCGGCGGUGACGGCGGAGGCCCUGCGCCGGAGCAAGGAUGUCAACUUCCAGCUCGUCUCCAAGCUCAACGAGCUGGUCUCCAACGUGUCCAACCGCGACGUGCCUGCCCAGGUCGGCCCUCCGCUCUACUACAACCAGUCCGGGCCUCUCGUGCCGCUCUUAUGCAGCCCCUACAACGCCGCCGACCUCUCCGACCGAUCCUGCGCCGCCGGCGAGGUCACCACCGACAACGCGCAACAGGUGUGGCAGCGCUACGUGUGCCGCGCGACGGGGUCGUCGGGGCAGGAGGUGUGCUCGACGGUGGGCCGCCUGACGCCGGCGAUGUACUCCCAGAUGGUCACCGUGGCCGGCCUCAGCGACGGGCUGCGCGGGCAGUCCCCCGCCCUGGCCGACAUCGCGAGCUGCGUGACCGUGCGGCGCGCGUUCCAGACGGUGAGCCAGCGCGGCUGCCCCCCGCUGCGGCGGGACAGCGGCCGGCUGUACCAGGCGCUGCUCGCGGCGUCGUUGGCCGCGAUGCUCGCCGCGGCGGCGUGGGUGGUGCACUCCCGGGAGCGGCGGCGGCGCCGGGAGAGCGAGCGGUUCAAGGUGUCCCCGUACAGGCUCCCCAUCGAGGAGAAGGUGCUGCUCAACAGCCCCCGACGGCCGUACAGGCGAGUGUAA